UAUUUUUGAAAGUUCCCUCUUAACAGUAACAGUGUAUCUAUAAAAGAUUAAAGAAGGCACCGUGGACGCCCAAGACUGGAAUACUACAUUUCCCAGAAAUCUGUAGGAGCCUACAACUCCCAAGCACUCCUUGGCCGCUGUCGUCUCCCGGAAAAGUGCACGUGCCGGCAGUCAGCAUACGUCAUGGCGGCCAGACGCCUCUUUGGGGCUACGUGGACCUGGACCGGCUGGCGGACCCGGGAGCUCCCGGUCCCUGCCGAGCCUGGAAGACUCCUCAUACGGGGCUAUGCCAAGAGACCGGUCAUGAAGGGGGGCAAAGGCGGCAAAGGUGGUGUGGCCAGUGAGGCCCUGAAGGACCCAGACGUGUGCACAGACCCGGUCCGACUCACCACCCAUGCCAUGGGUGUCAACAUCUACAAGGAGGGCCAGGACGUGGUCCUGAAGCCAGACGCAGAGUACCCUGAGUGGCUGUUCCAGAUGAGCGUGGGCCCCCCCAAGAAGCUGGAGGAGCUGGACCCCGAGACUCGGGAGUACUGGCGGCUGCUGCGGAAACACAACAUCUGGCGUCACAACCGCCUGAGCAAGAACCGGAAGUUCUAGCGGGCCAGCAGCCGGCCGCCCAGAGUGCUGGGACCUCGCCAGGCCCCGGAGGAGGACCCUGCGGCACGCCUCGGCUUCUCCACCUGGCCUCCACGGGAGACUUUAUCUUUCUGGAGAAAACGGGCUUUUCUGAGGACAGAGGAGACCCCUGAGCUGGUGCGCAUUUGGUCCCCACGGCAAGGCUGGAUCAGGGCCCUGGGGGGCAUCCCUGGCAGGCCCUGGAUGCUGCUGGGUGCUGUCUAGGGCGGGUGGGCAGGGUGGCAGGCCCAGGGGCUGAGGGGUGAGGGGGUGCCUCAGGCCCACGGCUCCAGGGGGAGGCUUUUCUAGACACGCCUCUCAGUU